AUGCACCUCAAGACCUCGGCACAUGCUGAAUCCACACGAAAUACAUGGAAGCGACUUCAAAGUCUCAAGAAAGGAGACGACAAGAUCAUAAUCGAUGGCAACAGUCUCGACAUCGCCUCUCUUGUCGCAGUUGCCCGCUAUGGCGUCAAGCCUGAAAUAAGCAAAGACGAGGAGCUCGCUCGGCGCAUUGCUCUUAGCGUUGACGCACUCGCAGAGUACCUUUCGCACAAAUACGUGGUGUAUGGCGUUAACACUGGGUUCGGGGGCAGUGCAGAUGUUCGCACGGACGACUGGCUCGAGAAUCAGAUCGGUGUUCUUCAGCAUACGCAGAGCGCCAUCAUCACCUCUUUUGACAAAGACCCUGGUAGCAACUCGGAGCGGGAGCCAUCUCAUGUCAUGCCCCCUGAGUGGGUUCGCGGAGCAAUACUUGCUCGGGCGAACCAGAACAUGCGAGGACAAAGCUCUGUUCGAUUGCAAGUUUUGGAGAGACUAGUGAAGCUUCUUCAUCAUGAUAUUACUCCCAUGGUUCCUAUUAGAGGCACGAUCUCGGCAUCAGGAGAUCUUAUGCCCAUGUCUUACAUUGCAGGAGCGGUUACAGGUAAUCCAGAUGUCUUUGUACAAGUUGGUAAGGGUAAGUCGGCAAAGGUGAUACCUUCGCACGAAGCACUUCGGAACAGUGGUCUCGACCCAAGUGGUCUUGGUCCAAAAGAGGCUCUCGGGCUCAUCAACGGAACCGCUCCUUCAGUAUCACUUGCAAGUCUUGUUCUUCACGACGCGCAGCAACUGGCUGUGCUUUCUCAAGUACUGACAGCUUUCGCAUCGGAAGCCAUGGGCGGCAAUGUUGAGUGGACGACCCCCUUCAUUCAUGCUGUGCGGCCACAUCCCGGGCAGGUCGAGGCCGCAGCCAACAUCAGAAGUUUCCUGCGUGGUUCUGAAUUUGUCGUUGGUUUGCAGAGUCGUAAAAGAACAGGGGACGGUCUCUGGCAAGAUAGAUACUCAACCCGUACAAGCCCCCAAUGGAUUGGACCUUAUCUGGAGGACCUUCUUCUGGCCCAAAGACAGCUCUCCGUGGAACUAAACUCUACUUCAGACAACCCUCUGGUUGAUGCAUCAGAAAAAGAGGGCCGAGCUGUAGGGGAGGUUUACUCGGGAGGCAAUUUCCAGGCUGUUGUUGUAACCUCUGCUAUGGACAAGACACGACUUGCUCUCCAGAUGAUAGGCCGUAUGCUUUUUUCUCAAGUCAGCGAGAUGAUCAACCCCGCGACCAAUAAUGGCCUCGAGGCCAAUCUCAAUGUCAGCGACAAGGAGAACUUCACCAUGAAAGGCAUUGACGUAAACAUGUCUGCGUACAUGUCCGAAUUGGCUGCCCUCGCCCAUCCCGUAUCUUCGCACGUCAUGUCGGCUGAAAUGCACAACCAGGGCAUCAAUUCUCUUGCAUUGCUUUCCGCUCGACGCACCUUGGAGGCUGCUGAUCUUGUUGCACAUAUGUGCGCUUGCCACAUCUACGUCUCGUGCCAAGCAGUUGAACUUCGGGCAAGCCAUCGACUAUUCUUGGACACACUUCGUGACAAAGUGCUGGCAGACAAAACGGAGAACAGGCCUUUCUGUGCGUUUGAAUUGGAAGAGAAUGCUAUCCAAAGACUUGGCGAGAAUGUCUUCCCAGUCAUCGAGUCAGCAUGGUAUAAACACAAUGCUGGCUGCUGGAAGGAUCGCAUUGUGCCCGCCGUCGAUGCUGCAAUGGCGCCCGUCACACAAUUUCUGACAGCCGAGGAAAGUAACUGUCAGAUAUCCAGUCUUGCUGAGUUCCGUGGCGAGCUUCAUAAAGUCAUUGCAGAAACUGCCUCGUCCAUUUUCUAUCCCAAUAUGGCGAUACGUCCUAUGGAUGUAGCUACUAAGUUGGGCGAUGGCACCGUUCCGCUGUAUACGUGGGUUCGAUCAAGACUGGGAGUCCCAACGCAGUGUGGCAUUGAUGACGACCCGCUAUAUAAUGCGCAAAAGGGUCUUCCAACCGAGAAUAAGAAGACUAUUGGCAGCUGGGUGACCAUGGUAUACGAGAGCCUGAGGGGCGAUAUGAUGGAUGUUGUCAUGGAGGGCAUUGGGACUGAUCGUUCGGGGCCACGAACAAAGGAGAAGUAUGAGACUUUGCGCUCGAAGCUAUAG